CAUGAAGCGCGCGCGCGCGUGUUUAGGUGUGCGCGCGUGCGCGUGCGCCUGCACAACGCCAGCGGCAAACCCUCAUUGGAAAUGACGUCAGGCAACGUCAACGCUGAGCCGCGGCCAUUGGUAAAAGACAAAUCUGCCUUUCCCGCCACGUGUGGGGCGCGACGCAGCCCGUAGACAUUUUGUCCGUGCGCCUCCAUGCCGUCCGCGCUGCCGUCUCCCUCCACGUUGGCUCCGCUCGCCGCGGGGAUCGGCGCGAAGACGCAGUGACUGACACCCGCCGCACCCCCUCGAGUAUUACCAGAAGCUCUUAUAUCAGGAUGAAGGGCCGAACGCAUGUACCGCAGGACCGGGGCUGCCUGGUGGGCAUCAUUUUCUUCAUUCUGGGCCUCGGGACGCUGCUGCCAUGGAACUUCUUCAUGACGGCCUCAAUGUAUUUCCAACGCCGUCUGAACACCACACAGUCGAGGAAUGGCACGGCGGUUGUCCAAAAAGAGUACUACUUCAACAACUGGAUGACCUUGCUGUCCCAGCUGCCCCUGCUGCUGUUCACGCUGCUCAACUCGUUCCUCUACCAAAGGAUAUCGGGGGCUGUGCGCAUCGCGGGCAGCCUGGUGUUCAUCCUGCUCCUCUUCAUCCUCACCGCCAUCCUGGUCAAAGUGCCCAUGGAGGAGGACCGCUUCUUCUCCGUCACCAUGGCCACCAUCUGGUUCAUCAACUCAUUUGGCGCCGUGCUGCAGGGCAGUCUGUUUGGCCUGGUCGGUAUGUUGCCUCAGAGGUACAGCGCCAUCUUCAUGAGCGGCCAGGGCCUCGCCGGGACGUUUGCUGCCAUCGCCAUGCUGCUAGCCAUAGCCAGUGAUGCAGAAUCUGAGUCGGCAGCACUGGGUUACUUCAUAACGCCGUGUUUCGGGACUCUUCUCACGCUCUUCAGCUAUCUGCUUCUACCCCGCCUGAAGUUUGCCCAGUUCUACCUGGACAGAAGCAAGCAGUAUGAAGCCGACACUACGGACGGGCUUUUGAAAGAGUCCGGCACAGUUGAGAAUGGCAAACUUAACGGCCAUGCCAAUGGCUUGGUGUCCAACGGGGGUGCCAAGAGCAGCGGCGCAGAAGAGAAGGAGGUUGGCUCCGGUUCAGACAAGGCCCAGCAGGCCUUCCUGUGCCUCGACCAGCCUGGGGCCGGACAGGAAAAGGCCUCGGUCAAACAGGUCUUCGGGAAGAUCUGGGUGAUGGCGUUCUGCGUGACCUUUGUGUUCACAGUAACUCUGUCAGUCUUCCCCGCUGUCACUGUGGACGUCAAAACAUCGUACCCGGGGAAUUGGGAGCGCUACUUCAUUUCGGUGUGCUGUUUCUUGAUUUUCAACAUUCACGACUGGCUGGGCCGGACCGUUACCACCUGGCUGCGCUGGCCCGCGAAGGAGUCCAAGCUGUUCCCGGCGCUGGUGGUCUCCAGGGUGGUGUUCAUCCCUCUGCUGAUGCUGUGCAACGUGCAGAAGCGCUACUUCCUGCCUGUCUACUUCCCGCACGACGCCGCCUUCACGGUCAUCAUGAUGCUCUUCUCCAUCUCCAGCGGCUACUUCGUCUGCCUCUCCAUGUCUUACGCGCCGCAGUUGGUGGAGCCCAAGGAUGCGGAGACGGCGGGAGCCUUGAUGACCUUCUUCUUGGCCCUGGGUCUUUCCAUCGGAGCGGCCCUGUCCUUCCUCUUACGAGCCCUGGUCUAGACUUUGCACGUGUGCGCUACACAUCAUAUGCUGACGCUGUCUGAACCACCAACCCCCCCCUCCCUCCUCCCCUCCCCUCCCCCCCCCGGGACAGUGUGACCAAUCUGUUGCUUAACCCUUCAAUACCCUCCCCCCACCCACACACACACACACACACUGACACACCACCACUACACAUACACCGUUCACGUGCAUCUGUAAAGCGCUGUUAAGUGAGUCACAGUGACGUAGCUGCAUGCCAGAGUUGGGGGUGGGGGUGGGGGUGGGGGUGGGGGGGUGCUGCUGAUGAAGCGGAUGGGCUAACGGGGAUCUGAGUGAUACCCACUGCUUCACGGUGACCAACCGGGCUGGCGAGAGGCUUUAUCUGAAACGUGAAUAAGGGAAAACUGAUCCGGAUAGAAAAGCUCCGUCUGUCGCUGCUGGCUGAAUGACGCGUGUCGCUAUCGGGCGUGACACGCCCCCUGUCACGUGCCACGCCGCGGCUCCAACGACGUAUUUAUUUUUGUUAGACGUUUUUACGGCGAUGAUUUAUUUCCGUUGUUGUUUUUCUUCUUCUUCUUCUUGACUGUGUUUAGGUGUGUAGAUGUUUUUAUAGGGCAUUAUUCACAGCGGUCCAUGGUUCAGGUUUGAACUUCCGGUUUUUUUUUGUUUUUUUUUACCAAAUAGAUGACGUAUUUUUGCAUUUAUAAUUUAAGGAUUCGGGCCUCUAACGGAGGGAAAAACCGUCAGAGUUUUGCUCAGCUGAGAUUUGAAACGUAACGGGCCUUCAGGAUUUGGAUUUUGUUUAGUUUUUAUACGGAGCACAAGUGUUUUAGGGCGUGUAGCUUGAAUAGCGCGUGGCUCUUUUUAACCUUUUCCUUAGAUUAGUUACCGCACGGCGGGUUUGGGUUGGAUUCUUCAGACGCUUCUCCAGUCGCGAGAACAAACGAGUGUUACUUUUGUUUCCUUUAUGAGUUGACUGAGCACACGUGCUGUCUCUAAGCGAUACAUUGUUACGGUAACACUUUAGUAUGGGGAACAUAUUCUAAGUAACAACAACUUAAUUACUGGUGAAUUAGUAAUGAUCAGGAUGUCACUUUAGUAUGGGGAACAUAUUCUAAGUAACAACAACUUAAUUACUGGUGAAUUAGUAAUGAUCAGGAUGUCACUUGAGUAUGGGGAACAUAUUCUAAGUAACAAAAACUUAAUUAGUAGUGAAUUGGUAAUGAUCAGGAUGUCACUUUAGUAUGGGGAACAUAUUCUAAGUAACAAAAACUUAAUUAGUAGUGAAUUAGUAAUGAUCAAGAUGUCACUUAAGUAUGGGGAACAUAUUCUAAGUAACAACAACUUAAUUACUGGUGAAUUAGUAAUGAUCAAGAUGUCACUUAAGUAUGGGGAACAUAUUCUAAGUAACAAAAACUUAAUUACUGGUGAAUUAGUAAGGAUCAAGAUGUCACUUUAGUGUGGGGAACAUAUUCUAAGUAACAAAACCUUAAUUACUAGUGAAUUAGUAAUGAUCAAGAUGUCACUUUAGUAUGGGGAACAUAUUCUAAGUAACAAAAACUUAAUUACUGGUGAAUUAGUAAGGAUCAAGAUGUCACUUUAGUGUGGGGAACAUAUUCUAAGUAACAAAACCUUAAUUAGUAGUGAAUUAGUAAUGAUCAAGAUGUCACUUAAGUAUGGGGAACAUAUUCUAAGUAACAAAAACUUAAUUACUGGUGAAUUAGUAAUGAUCAGGAUGUCACUUUAGUAUGGGGAACAUACUCUAAGUAAUAACACUUAAUUAGUAGUGAAUUAGUAAUGAUGAAGAUGUCACUUUAGUAUGGGGAACAUAUUCUAAGCAACAGAAACUUAAUUUAGAGUAAUGUAACACUAUGAACACUUGUAGUGUUGUGUGUUAUUAUGUAAGAACAGACCAUAUUCAUUAAGUGCUAGUAAGGCAGAAUAACUCUUCUUGUGGUACUACCACCUUAUAAAGGCCAUACUAAGCAAAGCAUAUUGAGAUGGUACUACUAAUAAGCAAUACUUCUGAGGUUAUAGAGGGAAAACUCAUAGUUAAUGGCUUACUGGUGGUAUAAUAAGGCCAUGCAGAAUAAGGCAUUAAUGAGUACGUAAUAAUUACCAAUGAAGAGCCAAUAUGUUGCUAAUUUGCAUGCUAAUGAGCACCUAAUUAAUGGUGACUAGGUUCCCCAUACUUAAGUGUUAUCAUCAUUACAUAACGACACACUCCCACGAAUUGCCCUCAGACGGCCCCGGUCUUAGAACGACGGCCGUUGCCCGCUGGCAAUAGUUUGAGGUUUUAGUGCCUUGCUUAAGGGCACGAGAGUACCGAGCGUCGUUAGGAACUUUGCCACUUUUUGGUUUCAAACGUCCCAACUUUUUGAUUGGGUGCAGUGACUCUGCCGUUAUGGUCCAUGAUAACCUCGUCUCUCUGACCAUAAAGCCGCUGGUGCCCCCUGCUGGUGACAAAUCUACCGUUGAACGGUUCGACGAGUUCAGUGGUACCGUGUUUUCCCCUUCGCUCCACCGGAUCCCACUGAACGACUGACAAAGCGGCCUUCCUCUUCCCAGGGUUGUGGCUUCAACAACACAUGGAGGGGGGGGAUGGUGUAAACAUAGGACCCGGAUGAGACUGUUUUAUUUUGUCCAAUCUGUUUUUCCAUUGCUCGGGGGCGUCUGGUUGUUUGCGGUACGGCGACAUUCCACCCGCAUCCGUCACUUCCGGUAAAAGGUCACCACCUGCUGUGACGCUCACUGUGGCGUGCAGGCUGAUGGGUGGUCUGGUGACUCCUGGCUCGCCGCCUGUACAGCGACCACGUGGCCGCUGCGUGUUUACACGCUACCCGGUGUAGUAACGGCGCUGUGGGACGUUUGACUAAAGAUCUGAGAUCUCUUAUCGGUGGUUAAAAGUCAGGAUGCAGCUGUUCUUGAACAUUUCUGCUGUUUCACAAAGCUGGCACUUUGUCAGUAGUUUUAGUUGCCCUGUAUAACCAACUCGGUGUUAACAACAAACAGUACUUACCAUAAUUGAACUGACCAAGGAAGAUUUCACGACUGUGAAGUUUUUCAGUAACUGUCCGUGUAGCGAUGAAAGGGUUGACUUCAGGUUUUGUUUGCGGGCCUGAACAUCCAUGGAAACGGUUUCUUCUUCACCUAUGUAACAGUUUUUUAACACGCGGAAACAAUAUUACCUGGCUAUUCAUAUAUAUGUGUGUAACCGGUUAUUUUCUUGCCCGGUGCGGGAUUCGAUACGGGGUGUAUUGCACCACAAGGCGACGUCACUAACCGCUCGGCUAAACGCAGUGUUUCUCAACCCAGUCCUUAAGGACCCCCUAUCCUGCAUAUUUUCUUUACAACCCUGAAUAGGUACCUGUUUGUAGUUAUUCAACCAAUCAGCAAUGACAUUUGUCAGAUGUUGCACACCUUGCAUAAUUAAGUGCUGCGAGAUGAUUGGUCGAGUAAGUACAAGCAGGGCUACCUAUGCAGGGUGACAAUGAAAAUCUGCAGGAUAGGGGGUCCUUGAGGACUGGGUUGAGAAACACUGGGCUAAAGGGUCAGACCCGUUAGCUAGGGACUAACGGGUCUUAUUAGUAGUUUACAUAUGUAUCCAUGUAUAUUUGGGGCGGCAUGGCUCAGGAGGUAGAGCGGGUCGUCUAGUAAUCGGAAGGUCGCCGGUUCGAUCCCCGGCUCCAGCGGAGAGCGUGUCGAAGUGUCCUCGAGCAAGACACUGAACCCUUAGCUGCUCCUGAUGGGCAGGUUGGCGCCUUGCAUGGCAGCCUCCGCCGUCAGCGCGUGCGCAGUAAAGCGCCUUGAGUGGUCAGUAGACGGGAAGAGCGGCACAUAAAAUGCAGUCCGUUCACCCAUAAAUUGGGAAACCUCAUUUUUGGGAAAUUCCACACAAAACCGGUAUAAAAAUGGGAGUUAAGGAACAAUGUCACACACGAGGUACGCUGUUAAAUGGAGAGGGCUAUUGUUGUUUUAUUUUUCUAACGUGUCACUGGUUUCAACAUGGCUGAGCCAAGAGCUGUACGGGACGAAGAAUCCCCUCACUGGGAACGGUAUUCCAGCGUGGUUUGGAUGACUAGACUUGAGGACAAAAAAACAUGCGAACUGAGGUCACAUUCCUGUCCCAGACCCUCAUGCACGCUGACAGCCCGUUACGUAACGCCAUAAUACAUACGACAAAUGUUAAAAGUGAGAAACUAUUUGCUGACGGUGGUUUGGUCUACCCCCGCCACACACAAACUGUGCGGAACGCAAUAUGAACGACCGUGUAAAUAGUAGCAGCUGUCGUAGUUGGCCUUAAAAUCGGAGUAUUUAACCCUGUGUACAAGAUGAACUACUUUAUUUCUGUUACUGCCAUCUUGUUUGGGGGGGGGGGACGCAGUCCUGUCAGGUCAUAAUGUUAGUCGAGCAACGCACAGGGAACUGCUCUAUCAUGACUGUGCUGUAGGACCAUCUAGUCUGCCUGCAGUCAAGGGACGCAUGUACGUUUUGAUUCUUUAUGGUUCUGACUGUCAUUAAA